AUGUCUCUCCGCAUCGUCCCUCAGAAGGGCCACGCCCGACAGACCGCCCUCGCCCCCUCAGCGCCAUCUGCACCCGGUGUGCACGACACCCUCCGCUCGAACCAAUCCCUCAACACACCCCACAACGCCUCGCCGGCCUUCAGCGCCGUCGCCUCCUCACACCCACUGGAAGCACGCCUCAACAACUGGCGCUCGACCCAGGACUCCCUCAAAAUGACAAUGCUGCGCCGCGAAUUCGGUAUCGCCGAGCCCAUCCGCCGCGGCAUGGAAGUCAAGAUCUGUCAGGAGGGCGAGUGGAGACCAGCUGUUCUGGGCUACAAGGGCGAGGGUGUGCAUGAGGAGAUUCUCAGCGGAAGAGAUGCUAGUGUUGAUUGGGAGGAUGUGUUUAAUGGUGAGUUCUUUUGCAGUAUCGAGAAUGCACCCGACUUCCACUCGGAGAUGGAGAACAGACUCAAGAUGAACUGGUAA